AUGUAUACCAUUUGCUUCCAGAUAUUUGUUACGUACAUUUCAGAACAUCAUCCGCUCCCUGCUCUUCGGGGAAAAGGCUUGCUCCCAGGUUUCCGUGGACAUAUUGCAGGGCGUUGCUACAAGUGUGGCGUGCGGGGCCAUCGUGCUCACGCCUGCCAAUCGCGGGCUGUUUGUUGGUUGUGUGGCCAGCGGGGCCACACAAGGGUUGUGUGCCCCCAGCGGCAGACUGGGCGCACAACACAAAAACGAGGGCAGCAAAAGCCCUCAAUGCAAUUUACGAACUGCACGUUUGAGAAGUUUAGUGCUUAAACUUCUCAAACGUGCAGUCUAGGCUACGUUGACAUAUAAUCUCUAUA